AUGUGGUCUUGGUUCGGAGGUGCUGCCGCCCAGAAGCGCAAGGAUGCGCCCAAGAACGCCAUUCUCAAGCUGAGGGAGCAGCUGGACAUGCUUCAAAAGCGCGAGAGACAUCUUGAAAGCCAAAUUUCAGACCAGGACGCUUCGGCUCGGAAGAAUAUCAACACAGACAAGAAUGCUGCCAAGAAUGCCUUGCGACGGAAGAAGAUUCAUGAGAAAAACCUCGAGCAAACAACGGCACAGAUCAUGCAGCUCGAGCAACAGAUAUACUCCAUUGAAGCCGCGAACAUCAACCACGAGACACUAGCCGCAAUGAAGCAGGCCGGCGCAGCAAUGAAGAACAUCCACGGCGGAAUGAAGCUGGAGGAUGUCGACAAGACAAUGGAAGAACUUCAAGACCAGCACGCGCUCAGCACAGAAAUAGGCAACGCCAUUACCAGUGUCCCGAUUGGAGAACAGCCGGACGAGGAAGAUCUCGAUGCCGAGUUGGAAGGAUUGGAACAGGAGGCUAUGGAUGCAAAGAUGGUCAACACUGGGUUCGUCCCGGUUGGUACCCAGCUGGACCGGUUACCAGCCGCGGGGAAUACAGAUCUCAAGCAACCUGCCAAGGCAGAAGACGACGAGGAGGCCGAAUUGGAGAAACUGCGGGCAGAAAUGGCCAUGUGA